CUCUCUUUUUGUUUUCUUCCUCAAAUCAAUUUUUUCCUUUCAUCUUCUCAAUCCUUGGCGGAUCUGAUUCCUAUCUGUGUUUCUCUGUUACUUGAUUCGAUCUUUGUUUCGUCAUUGCUUUUUUUAUUAUUAAGCUUUUGUGAGAUUGUUUUUGCUGAUAUUUUGUUUUGAUUUGGUGUCUGACAGAUCAUUAACGAUCGUGAGACGGGAAGGUCAAGGGGAUUCGGAUUCGUGACCUUCACGGAUGAGAAAUGAUGAGGGAUGUUAUUGAUGAGAUGAACGGAAAGGAGCUCGACGGACGUACCAUCACCGUCAACGAGUCUCAGUCUAGAGGAAGCGGCGGUGGAGGAGGCCGUGGUGGAGGAGGCCGUGGUGGAGGUGGAUACAGUGGCCGUGGAGGUGGCGAUUGUGGAUCACUGGAUCAACAUGGGUUUGCAAGGGACAAAAUCUGGAUAAUCGAUGACAAUCUACCUCCACAAGUUCUUAAAAUCAUCAUUAGUUGAUCUUCAUCUCAAACCAUCAGAAGAGGACUUAAAGCAAUGGUUUGACAGUUCUGGGUUUCACUUGCUAUAGAUGGCCAGUCAACAUUGAUCUCUUUAGAAAGAUCAAUGGCAAACCCUUCAGAUUCUUAUUUGCAUAUGGCUUGGCACUCGGAUGCAGCCACAGUGAGCGGAACAGACGCUCUUGCUAACAUCCGCUCAAAAGUCUAUCUCUCCCCCAAGCUUUGGUACUUGAGAGUUAACGUCAUCGAGGCUCAAGAUUUGAUCCCGAGCGAUAAAGGGAGGUACCCUGAGGUCUACGUGAAGGCUAUAGUGGGAAACCAAGCGUUACGGACUAGAGUAUCUCAAAGCAGGACUAUUAACCCCAUGUGGAACAAGGAUCUGAUGUUUGUAGCAGCUGAGCCUUUCGAGGAGCCGUUGAUUUUAAGCGUUGAAGACAGAGUUGCUCCUAACAAGGACGAGGUCUUAGGGAGAUGCGCGAUCCCGUUGCAGCAUUUGGACAGGAGGUUUGACCACAGGCCGGUGAACAGCAGGUGGUUUAACUUGGAGAAGCAUAUCAUGGUGGACGGUGAGAAGAAAGAGAUCAAGUUCACGAGCAGGAUACACAUGAGGAUAUGUUUGGAAGAAGGAGAUCAAGUUCGCGAACAUACGCAACAUCUGCAUCAAUUUUUCAUUAAAUUAGUCAAACUUUAGAUUUACCAAAACAAGCAACAACCAAAGAUAAUAUUAAACACAAAGACAUGAAACUA